UCGCCAUGGCGACGGAGCUGAAGGCUGCGGAGCCUACGGUCCCUUCGCUGGUGGAUCGUUACUUCACUCGCUGGUAUAAAGCGGAUGUCAAAGGAAAACCCAGUGAGGACCACUGUAUCUUACAACAUUCUAAUCGAAUAUGUGUCAUCACACUGGCAGAAUCUCAUCCAGUUCUUCAAAGUGGAAAGACAAUUAAAAGUAUUUCCUACCAAAUCAGCACCAACUGCAGCAGACUUCAGAACAAGGUCUCCGGGAAAUUUAAACGGGGAGCACAAUUUUUAACAGAACUUGCACCACUGUGUAAGAUCUAUUGCUCAGAUGGAGAAGAAUAUACCAUAUCUAGCUGUGUCAGAGGACGGUUAAUGGAAGUAAAUGAAAACAUCCUCCAUGAGCCAUCCAUCCUUCAAGAGAAGCCUUCCACUGAAGGUUACAUUGCCGUUGUACUACCCAAAUUUGAAGAAAGUAAGAGUGUAACAGAAGGUUUACUGACACGAGAACAAUAUGAAGAAGUCUUGGUGAAGCGCAUGAAUGCUGCAGUGGCCACCUGAAGACUGUGUGGAGUGGGAGUGCAGAGUGGCCACUUGCUAGCCCCGACUGUCCACCAGAGGAGAUGCUCACUUCACGCUCCACCACUUCCUUGAGAGCCUGCCUUUUAGUGUAUCCCG